GAAUACACUUUUCUGUGUACCUGAUACUGUUUACCUGCAGACUGCAGACUAACCUACAAAAAUCAAAUUGAUUAAGAUUUCAUCACUAAUUUUAUUAUUGAAAGAAUAUUUUCCCAAAAAUUUUUCAAGAAAAAAAUGGCCGAAAAAAAGAUUUGCGUUCCAGGACAAAGAUUAUAUGUAAAAGACGAAACUUAUGUUAGUGGAAAUGGUACUUUCGAAAGACUUGGGUAUAUUUACUCAAAUUUAGCCGGUGUUGUUGAUAUCAUUCAAAAAAAUAAUAUUAAAAUUAUAGAAGUUGUAAAUCCUAACGUGCAAACCAUAGUACCAGCGCAUGGUGACAUUGUGACUGCAGAAGUUACUAUCAUAACUCAGCAAUAUGUAAAGUGCCUCAUCAAAUGUAUUGGACACAAAAUAUUAAAAAGACAUUUCAAGGGUGUCGUUAGGAGAGAGGAUAUUCGUGCAACCGAAAAAGAUAGAAUUGAGGUAUUCAAGUGUUUUAGGCCUGGUGAUAUUAUAUUAGCCAGAGUGAUGCCAAUUACCGAAGCUCAUACAUAUCAACUUUCAACAGCAGAAAAUGAAUUGGGGGUAGCAAUUGCUCAUUCCGAACAUGGACAUCCCAUGAUACCCAUCAGUUGGAAUGAGAUGCAGUGUACAAAAAGUUACGUAAAGGAAGCAAGAAAAGUGGCAAAAAUCAUUCCUGAGAAAAUUCCUAAUGAUAUAGUUGGUCACUUGACAGAAUAUUUGUACUAAAUAAAUCUUUGUAAAAAACGUUGUGGCUGCAUCAUAUGAUGCCCUCACCAACGGUAUGUACUGUGAAUAGUCUAGUUGGAAAGAUCUUUUCGUCGUAACUUCCACAUAUCCAUUUAUGCCAUCGACGACCAUC